AUGAGCUCCUUUUAUAAUCAUAACAUACAUAAUUAUAAAAACCAAGAAGGCAAUCCCAGUGAGGAAGGCAUCGUCCAAAUGACAGUGGCUUCUAGAGUAGGCCGCCAUACAAAAUGUGGCAAUACAAUUAUAAAGAUGCUGCUUCGCCUAAUCAUAGAAGCAAAAUUCCAUGUCAAGCAUGUUAUUGGUGACAGUACAAGAAAGGCAAGCCUGGGGAGCAAUCUUCAUGCUGAGUUUUGUAUCAACCCCAAUAUGAUAUGCUUUGCUGAUACUUCUGCGGGACACCAGUUUUCUCUGAAAUACAGGGACCUUAAAUGUGUAAAAGAGAGAUUCUAA